AUGCAAUAUAAUCCCGUCAUUAUUGAACAACUUAUUCUUUGUUGCCAAUGUGGAAUAGCAAUUGCUCCCAACCCUUCGAAUAUGUGCAUUAAUUGCAUUCGUAAUGAAGUUGACAUUACCGAAGGGAUUCCAAAACAUGCUACUCUACAAUACUGUCGAAAUUGCGAAAGAUACUUGCAACCACCAAAUAUUUGGGUUUUAGCAGCAUUAGAAAGUCGUGAAUUAUUGGCGUUAUGUCUCAAAAAAUUAAAAGGUUUAAAUAAAGUACGAUUGAUUGAUGCUGGCUUUAUUUGGACUGAGCCUCAUUCAAAAAGGAUUAAAGUUAAAUUAACAAUUCAAAAAGAGGUUUUCUAUUUAGAAUUCGUUGUUAACUACCAACAAUGUGAUGAUUGCGCACGUAUAAUGGCAAAGAAUAUGUGGCAAUCGAUGGUCCAAGUCAGACAAAAAGUUAAUCACAAAAAAACUUUUUUCUUCUUGGAACAACUUAUUCUUAAACAUAAUGCUCAUAAGGAAACUAUUAACAUCAAAGAGGUCAAGGAUGGGAUUGAUUUUUUUUAUUCUAACAGAUCUCAUGCUAUCAAAAUGGUAGAGUUUUUAGGUGCUGUUGUUCCUAUUAGGACAAAGAAUUCCGAACAACUUAUAUCAACAGAUAUUCAUAGCAAUACGUCAAAUUAUAAGUUUUCGUAUUCCGUUGAGAUCGUUCCUGUAUGCAAAGACGAUCUAAUCUGUUUACCAAUCAAAAUUGCGCGUUCAUUAGGAAACAUAAGCCCUUUGGUGAUAUGUUAUCGUGUCGGUAAUUCCAUUCAUGUCAUGGAUCCGAAUACUUUGGCAGUUUCAGAAGUUGCAACUUCGACAUAUUGGAGAAAUCCAUUCAUAUCUUUAUCAACAACGAAGAAUUUGUAUAUUCUUGCAGAUAUCCAAGUAGCGCGGUCAUCGGAUUUUGGAAAAAACGACAAAACAUUUUUUGCACGUUCUCAUCUCGGUGGAAUUCUUAACGCUGGAGACACCGCUUUAGGAUAUGAUCUUACAUCCUCCAAUUUUAAUGAUAACGCUUUCGAUACACUCAAUAGAAAUUCUCUUCCUGACGUCGUAUUAGUCAAAAAAUCUUACCCGCAAAAACGCAGGAAAAAUAAGCCUCGAAAAUGGAAGUUAAAGUCAAUAUCAAAAGAACAAGAGGAAAUGGCAUCUAGAAAACAAGAUGCAAAUAAAAUGGAAGAAGAUUAUGAGUCGUUUUUGCAAGAUUUGGAGGAAGAUCCAGAACUAAGACAAAAUGUUAAUCUAUAUAAGACCAGUCCUUCAAUGGAUAUAGAUACAACAGCCGAAGAAAGUACAGCAGAAGAGGAAGAUUUUCCUGAAGUAAAAUUAGAAGAGUUGUUAGAAGAUCUUACGCUUGAAGAUAGUACUUAA